AUGGUGCAGAAAGGACAGAACUGUCGUCUCUUCAUCAGCUUCUUGUUGUUCAUCUUGUUGACACUCGCUCGCAGUCAGCAGAACGAGAGGCGUGCGGUCACGGAGCAUCAGUUGAUGCAUGAUCGUGGUCGCUCUAUUCAGAGCUUGAAGCGACUGAUUUGGCUCUCUAGCGCCAUCGAGAGGCUGCACACAGCAGAGACACGCUCUUUAUCCUCCUCUCUCUCCUCCUUCAGUCAUAAUGAUGAUAAUGAUGAUGAUAAUGAUGAAGAUUCCUCCAAGUAUCACACGGUAAUGGAUAGCAGUGUCCACCAGGAGGCGCUGGAGCUGCUGCUGAGAGACAUGUACAGAGCACAGCCUCCAUCAGGGAGAAAGCAGCCGAGAAUCCUGCACUGACUACAGCAAGGACUCGAGCCUCAAGCCUACACCUAAAAACUAGACCUCUAAAUAACUGAAGAGAAAAAUCAGCAAUGACUGAAUAAGAGCACUAACACCUGCCUUUCACUCAUGUACAGGAUUUAUUGUGUGUGAUAUAAGGUUCUAUUUGUACAUUGUGUAAAAUUUACGUUGAAAAAUUUAAAAAUUACGUUGUGGC